AUACGGCACGGACAGAUGGGUGACCGCCCGCCCGAGGUUAGGUACCUCCUACCUACCUAUAUUGGUCUCGACUUGGAUCCUACAUACCUAGGUAGGUAGGUACCUCCUAUGUGGCCUAGGUGCCUUCGGUGGAAUAGGAGUGAAUGGUAAGUGGCUACCUCCUCUUGGUAGAGAUGUACCUCCCGCGAAAGAGUACCUAAGUACAGGUAGCCUCUUAAGAUGCCUCGUCGUCACAAAAUAAUGGAGGUAGGUAUGUGCAUGUGGGGAAUGUACCUCAAUAAAACAUACUGUAGGUACCUAGGUACUUCCCUACACCUGCUGACCUACUACAAACACGCCACCGUGGGAAAAGUCGGAUACGGCCGUCAACCUGUGAUCGCACCCGCCAGAUUAUUCCAAUCCCGACUGGCCAUACCCCUCCUAACCCUCUGGUAUCGACGUCGGUACCGUUGCUGGAGAUCCCGGCUUAAACCUGCCUCUCUGGAAGACCUUGAUGGAAGAAAGACGGCCUGAUCACUACUGGGACGACGCCUCGUUUUCGACUGUAGGCUCCGCCGAGAUAACAUGUAGAGUUUGAGUUGCCCCAACCGUCAGCGUCGCCGUCGCAUCGCUCCAUCUACAGGAGCCGCAGACGCAGGAUGGUGGCCGGGACGAGUUCGCGACACUUGCUCAGGAAGAGCCUAUUCACCGGGCUACACCAGCCUUUACCCUUGAGCCGCCGCGAAGGCCAGCAGCUGCUCGAAGCCAUCACUGCCUCCUUUCGGAAGAAUCUCGAUAAGGAGCAUCCCUGGCCCAGUAACGACGAGGAGCCCGUCCCCUCGCAAGACAACUGCUCCGCAUCUGGCAGCCCACGGCGACAGACCCUCCCCUCGUCGCCGUCGUCGCUAGCAGAGAACGCCGCAUCCACCACCGCCCAACACCCUGCAGAUCGUCACUUACGCGCUAUCUUGUGCAAUCCUCUUUUCGCUCAUCAGCGCGUCGAUGACAAGCCGACAAAGAAUUUUACCCUCACCCACGUCACCACUCCCGACCCCACUCCCGAUCCCUUCGAUGUUUUCGACCGUGCCGUUUCCCGAGGUCUCAUGACCUCACGCCGAGCCGCGGGCUUCCUUACCGCGGUACGGUCCCGCAUAGCCGCCUCCGACUCCGGUACCGCCCCCGACUCGAAUAUCCGCCAGAGAAUGGCCGCGUCUGGGGCCGCGCUGCGCGUCGUCCAGUGGCUGCGCGCUUCCGGUCAGGAGCACAACUUGGAUUUCAUCUACGACUUUACCCUGAUCCGCACCUUGGUCCCUUUCAUGUACGCCGAGGGUCUCGAGGAGGUUGUCUGGGCGUGGGUCGCGCGCGGCGCUACGCGUGUUGACGUUUGGGACGACACGGUCGCUAGUGGACGCGCCCUAUCUUUUCUGCUAUAUGCCUUGAUGCUGCAGACAAGCGAGCCUCGCCUCGGGGGUCAGAUCCCCAGGAUCAGCCUCGACGCCUCGUACUCGGCCAUGGCGCGGGCGACCAAGGUAUUGCACUUCCCAGAGAACAAACAGGGGAUGGUUAGCUUGCGCAGGCCGUGGGCUUUCCUCUCGUGGGCUUCGACCGUCGACGCCUGGGACCGGCCGAAGCCGUCCGCGCCGCUUUUUGACGCGUUCGUCGACAUCGGCCGGCCCUUUGGCGUCCCGCUCGACAUGGCCCAUCUCCAACUCCACCACCCUCUCCAUCCCAGCCACUCCGCCGCCGUCGAAUAUAUGCACGCCAACGCUAAUAUGAGCUUCGACGAUGAGAUUGCGACAGCAAAUUUGCCGAAGCAGGCCCGUCGUCGUCUCGUCUGCCUCGCGCUCGACACAGUUGACCGCCUUAAAGAGGCCGGGGACACCACCGAGGUAUCCUGGGUCGAACGCUUUCUGACACGGAUCUGCGAGGACUUGAAUCUGAAUAUUUUCAAUAUACCCCCGCUCCCGGGAUUGUUGUCAGAGCCACGGGUACGUAAUAUGGAUUGAUUAGGCUUUCUCCGCCAUAAUUGGCCCUUUAAUCACGUGUGUUUCCAUUGUCAAGGGAAGUUCAACUACGCUGGCGUUCAGCCGGUCGUCCGUGGGCAUUUGAAAACGUUGGGAUCGGAGGGGGUGUGUGUGUAUAUACCUGUGUAUCAGCGGUCCCAACGAAUAAAUAUACCGUAAAUAUGAAUCCAGUAUGUUCUGAAGGUUCCAACAC